AUGGCCGAUGCUCCUCGACUGGCCUCAGACCCCGGCCUUCAGCUGUGCCCUGAAUUCGCUGACCCCGAGUAUGGCAUCUUGCGGCAGGGUUUGGUCGCGGCGGGCCAGGUCGCCUCAGAUGCCGCUGCGACUGAGCACCUGAUCGCCAUCUGGUCUGCCCACAAUGCUGCCAAGAGGGCCCUCUGGGCUGCCCAAGUCGAGGGCAACCGCCUCGCCGACACCGACCGUCUUUUGCUCGAGGCAGAGGCCUGUCAGCACGCCGACGAUGCCACUGCCGAGGAGGCCCUUCUCACCCAAGAGAAGAGGCGUCUGCAGCUGGGCACGCUCCACUUCAAUCGUGACGCGCCUUCCUUUUUGGACCAGCGCCCGUCCGCUUACGCACUCCACAAGCUCGCAAAGGGUGAGUACGUUGAACUCUGGUAUUUUACUGUCGAGGGCUGCGCCACGGCCAGGAAUGACCGCUCCACGGCGGAGGAAGCCUAUGGCAUUACCCGGACUGAUGACACUCUCGCGCUGCGACCGCUCGCUGCGCACUGUGCGUCUCGGCAGGCCGUCCCCGAUGAGAAGCUCACCUGGGACCAGUUCUGCGCUGGGAACAGCGAGCUCCAGCUAGCUGUCGAGGCGGCGGGCUGGCCCGCCGCGCACGUCGCCAUGCUUGAGGCAUUCUUCUACACGCUAUCUCGGCACCCUUUCACGAGGCGGCCUCGUGGUAAGGAUGCGCUGUUGCUGUACCAGGCCCGUCUGCGUCGCCACUGGCACACACAUCUUGCUCAGGAUGAGGGCUACAACCUCAGCAACAUCAAGGAGGACCUUCUCAACGAGAUGCUGCAGGAGAUUGCAAGCAUUGCCCAUAAGGACCGCAUUAGUCGGCUGGUCCAUGCACAGCAUGCUGACGUGGCCCCGGGGGCCGUAGAUAGCGACGUGUCCAUAUCGGGCAUGUAG